AACAAAAGAAAACUAGAGAAAAAUACUUCCAUCAAAACCAUGGUUUACUGUUACAACAGUUAAUCUCAACUAGUGAAGAUUUUAGUGAGAGAACAAAGAUAUUUUCUCUGGAAGAGAUGGAGAAGGCAACUAAUAAUUUUGAUGAGACUCGAGUGCUCGGCCGCGGCGGACAUGGAACGGUUUACAAAGGAAUUUUGUCGGAUCAGCGUGUGGUCGCCAUUAAAAAAUCUAAAAAUGUGAAACAGAGUGAGAUAGACCAGUUCAUCAAUGAGGUUGCAGUUCUUUCUCAGAUUAAUCACAGGAAUAUAGUUAAGCUUUUCGGGUGUUGCUUGGAAACUGAAGUUCCCUUGUUGAUCUGUGAGUUUAUCUCGAAUGGGACUCUUUUAGAUCAUCUCCAUAUUCCAGACGGCUACUCUAUAUUAUCAUGGGACGAUCGCCUGAGGAUUGCUGUUGAGGCUGCCGGAGCGCUCGCUUAUUUACACUCGGCUGCUUCAAUUUCGAUAUUUCAUAGAGAUGUCAAAUCAUCAAAUGUUCUCUUAGAUGAUCAUUUAACUGCUAAAAUAUCAGAUUUUGGAUCUUCAAGACUUAUUCCACUCGACCAAACUCAUUUACUCACUGGUGUACAAGGCACCUUUGGAUACCUUGACCCGGAGUACUAUCAGACCAGUCAGUUGACAGAGAAGAGCGAUGUUUAUAGCUUCGGAGUCAUUCUUCUAGAGCUUUUGACAGGUAAAAAGCCAAUUUUCUCCACCGAAUAUGAAGACAGACUGAAUCUAUCGAUGCAUUUUCUUCAAACGGUGAGAGCGAAUCGCCCGUUUGAUCUUAUAGAUGAUCUUGUUAUGAAAGAAGCGACCGAAGAAGAGCUCAUCGACAUGAUUGGAUUGGUAGAAAUGUGUUUAAGAUUGAAAGGGGCUAAACGGCCUACGAUGAAAGAGGUGGAGUAUAAAUUACAGAACUUGAGAAGAAUCAGACUGAAAAAAAUAGGAUAUUGUUUGGUAAAUGGUGACGAAGAAACAGAGCAUCCGCCGAGAGACUCACCUUAUGCCUUCUCUGAAGUCGUCGACCAAGCAAAUCAAGGUACAUCCAGGAAUUAUACCUUAGAGAAAGAAUUUAUGUGGUCGCAUCAUUGCCCACGGUGAGUUUGUAUUAUUAGAUGUCCACAUCUUUAUUGACUGCUUGAAUGCCACUGAAUAAACUUC